GAAGUCGGUAAAGUGAGUCUUAGCUUGUUUAAUGUGGAUACGAUCAGUCUCCCAGCCAUCUUGUAGAAAUCUAAAAGUAUGCUUUUUUGAGGUGUGUGUUGAUUUUAAACGAUUUUAAAGUGGCAAGGAUUAUUUUAUGGGUAAUGUGAACUGGCCAGUGCGAUAGUGCGUGGGGACGAUGUCGGCAGCUAUGCGUUCCACCCUUCAGACCGUGCCGGAAAGUCUGGAGGUGACGAAGAACGCCGACCCCACCAGCGGCCCAAAUAAGACCCCCAUCAAGACGGCUUCGGAAGCCAACAAGUCCUCCAGGUCGUACAACUACCACACCUCGUCGUCGACUAAUAAGAACUGAAGGAUGUGCGACGAUCCUCCCAACGAAGAUAGAAGCGGUUCCCCAAGAGAUAAUAAUGGUUGGACUGCCGAUCGAUACGACAUCGGUGUCAGAAUUCUGAGGGACCGAAGAAACCAAAUUACAAACGCUGGCAAGUACUCUGAAAGGUAUAAAGACGCGUUUUCUCACGACAUUCCUGACGACAAAAAAUACCCGCUGAGUGCGCAGUGCCGCGACACGAUGGAACUAUAUCGUAAAGUGUCCAAAGGUGAAAAAGAUGGAUCUCUUCCUAGGCAACUCACUACUGAGAAGAUGAAACUUACAACCAAUUGGAAAUCCAACGCCACUAAUGAUUUGAACAAGCAGGAGAAUGCCUUAGUGGGUUACAAGCUGGUACCAGAAGGCACCCACAAGCCUGUUCUCGUGACGACCCCUAAUAGUGCCCCAAAAACUCCAAAGUGGACUAGAAAGAAUGUUAAUAUUUAUAGUGUCACCCCUACCGGUUCUAAUACGCCCCCAAACAGCCCCACUGGUAUACCUGCUGGCUUGUCUGCAAAACCCGUUGCUUUGAGCAACAUCCUCAAUGGACCCAGUAGCAACAAUAUUACUGAAAAUACCUGGUCUCAUUUGGAAAACGUCGAGACCAUUAUAACCAAAUUGCACAAGAAGGAAAAACACGAAGAGAACCUCAAAAAGUUCGAAGAAAUGUUGAAAAAAUAUACUCCCAAGCCCGCUGGUAAGGCCAAGCUGUCCCCUGUGAACCCUCUAGAGCUGAUCGUCAAAAAGUCGCCGGAUGUUAAACCCUUGGACAAGUCUGACAACCAUCUCAAGUCCCAAGAACACAUCUUGGAUCCUAUAAAGCAUUCCAGCGAAGUGGAGGAUUUGCCUGCAAGGGGCUUGAUCGAAGCCGAAAGAGAGGAACACCAACAUUUCAACAGAGACGUGAAGGAGAGAAAAAGUAUGGAGAAUUCUUCCAAAGAACACAAGCCCAAGACUGGAGCCAGUCUAAACAGAACUGUUUCCGAUGCACAUGAAAAGAAUACUACCGUGAAACGGCAGUCUAGAGUGUCUAGGGAUCGUGGACGUAAAACAAAUGACAGCGCAGUGGAAUCGACGCGGAGCGGUUCGGCAUCUACACGGAACAGGCCGAGGCUGGGAGAGGAACCGACAAUUGGUAAAUACAAAUUACUUAAGACCAUCGGCAAAGGAAACUUUGCAAAGGUCAAGCUGGCCAAGCACGUACCCACUGGUAAGGAAGUUGCCAUCAAAAUAAUAGACAAGACUCAACUAACACCUGGUUCGCUACAGAAACUAUUUAGAGAAGUAAGAAUAAUGAAAAUGUUAGACCAUCCCAACAUAGUAAAAUUAUUUCAAGUAAUCGAAACGGAAAAAACGUUGUACCUGGUUAUGGAAUAUGCCUCGGGCGGCGAGGUAUUUGACUAUCUUGUCCUGCACGGUAGGAUGAAAGAAAAAGAAGCAAGGGCGAAGUUUAGGCAAAUUGUCUCUGCGGUACAGUACUGCCACCAAAAAAGGAUUAUUCACAGAGAUUUAAAGGCUGAAAACUUACUGUUGGAUAGUGAAAUGAACAUUAAAAUAGCAGAUUUUGGCUUCUCCAACGAAUUUACCCCAGGAAACAAAUUAGAUACAUUUUGUGGUAGUCCGCCAUAUGCAGCACCAGAGUUAUUUCAAGGCAAAAAAUAUGAUGGACCCGAGGUGGAUGUCUGGUCAUUAGGGGUUAUAUUAUACACACUCGUCUCGGGCAGUUUACCAUUCGAUGGUUCAACAUUACGAGAACUCAGGGAAAGAGUGCUUCGUGGCAAGUACCGGAUACCGUUUUAUAUGAGCACAGACUGCGAAAAUCUCCUGAAGAAGUUUCUGGUUCUGAAUCCGGCCAAGAGGGCGAGUUUAGAGACCAUCAUGAAGGAUAGAUGGAUGAACCAGGGGUAUGUGGGGUACGAGAACGACGAACUUAAACCCUAUGUGGAACCCGAACAGGACAUGACUGAUCCCAAAAGGAUAGAAGCUCUAGUUUGUUUAGGUUUCAAUAGGUACGAUGUCGAAAACUCCUUAGAUUCACAGAAAUAUGACGAUGCAUUCGCUACGUACUUGCUGUUAGGAAGGAAAAGCACAGAUCCGGAAAGUGAUGGAAGUCGAAGCGGAAGUAGCUUAUCGCUAAGAAAUAUGACAGGCCAACAGCAAGCUACUCCUCAACCAGCUGUACAGAGUCCUCAACAUCGAGGAGUGCAUCGUUCAAUUUCUGCCACCCACACGAAACCUAAUAGAAGAGCGUCUAGCGGAGGUGGCACCAUAGGAGAAACUCUAAGGACGGGGCCCCAACCUCAAGUACCUGUUUCACAAAGUAAUAAUCACCAGUCAGGAUUUAAAAGACAAAAUACGGUUGAUAGUGCUACUAUUAAGGAAAAUAGUGCCAGACUUAAUGCUAGACCUGCCAGUGCUCAACCCAAACCCGCAGCAGAUAACAGUAUACAAGCUCCAACUAAAGCUCGAACUGCAUCUAAGAACACUGCAUUAUCUUUAGGAACAACAGUUGGUCGACGGUCAACCAUCAGUUACGACGGAAAAUCCGACAGCACGGAGAAAACUAACUUACCUGCGGAUGUACCAGGUCCUGAGGCGAUUGGUGCCGGAGACGCUUUAAGGCCUGGAAAAGGUCACGUCAAAUCCGCAUCGGUCAGUAGUAGCGGCCCUGAAACUACUACUGAUCCGUUACGUUCUAGUCGCACGACCGCCUCGCCGGCAGCCACAAGACAGCAGGCUUUCCCCAGAAACACGUCGUCAAGAAGUACCUUCCACUCUGGUCAGACGAGACCUAGGGCCACAUAUGCGCAGGGCUCCCCAGGAGAUUCACCGCACACUAGACCAUCAUUUUUUGCCAAAUUCAGCCUCAAAGGAUUUACAAAAAGCGAUACUCGCCAUCUUGAAUCCAACCAUACCGGUCAACAAAAUAGAGUUUUGGCGUUAGAACCUGGCCAGCAAGUAAAACAUGGCAACUCUCCUUUACCUGCAGUAGGAGUUCAGGGAGCCCCAAAUGAGGAUCAUGUGAAGCCCCGAUCAUUGAGGUUCACCUGGUCAAUGAAAACUACAUCAAGUAGAGAUCCUGCAGAAAUAAUGGCCGAGAUUAGAAAAGUUUUAGAUGCCAACAAUUGCGACUAUGAACAACGGGAAAGAUUUCUUUUACUGUGUGUCCACGGUGAUCCAAAUACUGAUAGUCUGGUCCAGUGGGAGAUUGAAGUUUGUAAAUUACCUCGAUUAUCGCUGAAUGGUGUACGUUUCAAGAGAAUUUCUGGUACUAGUAUUGGAUUCAAGAAUAUUGCUAGCAAGAUAGCGAACGAACUGAAGCUGUGACUGCUUGUCAAAGAGCCGGAGAUACCCAGCGAGCCAACAUAGAAAAAUGCUAGCAAUGUGUAGCGGUUUCCAAACUCAGUUCCUCAGUGUUCAGAGUGUACCAGAUGAAAAAAUCAGAAAACACCAAAAUGGCUUCUGUUUCUCACCGUAACUAUCGAAUAUCGCUCUACAAAUUUAGUUUUUAAGAUUAACCCAGACUCUUUGCUUGUGAUAUGCGGAAUUGAAGAGCGAAAGAAAUCCUAGACAAGUUGUAUAUUAAGUAGAUCUCCUGAUUUUGUUUUCAGAUUUUUCCCGAUGACUUUUUUCUAAUUGUGGAACAUUGACAUUAUCAAGUGGUACUUUACUAGUGUUAUGCUAACAAAUGAGAUAGAAAUAAAGAGAAUGUAUUAUUUUAUAUGGAAUCAUAAAUAUUUAUUAUAUUUAGUCGAUUGGUUUUUGUCGCGUUUCAGUUAGUGUUACGAUUUUAUUUUUAUCAAUUUACUUAACUUUUUUUCCAGUCAGGAUUUCAAACAAAAAUGCAAUAUUGUGUGAAGUGUGUCUUUUUUUUGCUGAAUUGUGUUUAUUCAUUGCUGAAUUGUGUUUAUUCAUUAAUUUGAGUUUUGUGUAUUUUUGGCAGGUUUUCAUACGAACGUUUUCCCUCCUUUUUUAAUCAAUUUAGAGUUUCAAAUAUGGAAAUAAUGGAAGUAGCAUGACUAUAUCUGGUCAUGGUUGACCGGAAAACUUGAACGAAUAAAUAACAUCCUUUGUUUUCUGAGUCUACUGCCAUCCCUAACCUUCAAUUAUUUUAUGUCUAUUUUUCUUCAAAGCGAUACUCUAAGUUGAUUGGUUACUUCCAGCCAAUCAUGUUCAAACUUAUAACCAUCCGACAGUCUAGUCGCCGUGUUUAUAACUUUUUAUGUGAUUUUUUUAUAGUGCGAAACCCCGAGCACGAAUACUGGACUUUCAGUGGGUGCGUCGGCGCUUGGAUAAUUUUUCAAAUUGAAUUUGUAUAUAUUGUAUGAAAGUUGUGUGUAAGACUGAAUGUUAAAAUUAUAUAGAGAUGUAAUAUUUUUAACAAUUUUUACUGCAUUUGCAUUUGUCAGGCGAGUAAAAAUUAUUCUUCACACAUAUUAAAGUAUGCUUAGCAGAUUAAUGGGUUGACAGUUAUUGUUGAUGAAAACGCUCAAAAUAUAUAGAGAAAAUGGUAGUGCAUUCGAAAGAAUACCCUGUCCUCGUGAAUUACUAUUGAAACAGUUGUGCGGAGUUCCAUGUAUCUUUUUUUGAAAACACUUCUUUUGUUAACUCAUUCAGUUCGAUAUAUGAAUAAGUACAAUUUUGUCUGAAUAUUUGUAACACGAAAAAUUGAUGUCUGAAAAGAACAUGAAUUAUAUUUACCAGUUAUUUUAAAGUGUAUUGAAAAGUAAUGAGAUCGGUUACAUAUGAACAUUUUAUUUCACCUGAAAAAUGUUACAGCUUUGUAAAUCCUUAACACAUUCACAACUACUUUCAAAAUUUGAUGUAAAACAAAAAAUCUAAUAUUUUCAUAUACUUCUGGCUAAGACAUGAUCUUCCAGUCACUAUUCAUUCUUCAAAUGUCCAGCCGUUUUUCAUGCUGUUUCAUUUCUUUACCCAAUAUAUUUAUUUUGAAAAUUUUCAAAUUUCUUUCGGACAGGAUAUUUUUUAAAUUUAUUGAAAACCUACUCUGCUCUGCUUUAUUAGAAAACACAUUGAAAAUUCUCUAUGGCUUUUUCCUGUUGAAUGUAAAUGUAGUAGACCACUUUAACAUAAUGUCAGAUCUGUUCAUCAUGAGUGUACUUAGAUAAAAACUCCAUCUUCACCUCGUUGACUGGCCUACUUCUUCUAAAGCUACAUUUCAUUUAAGUUGCCCCACGAAUUAUAUUUUUGAAACAACUUCAAUGAAUCUUCGGUCAUUUUAUUAACUUGGUUUGUACUAUAGAUACUUGUUUUAACUUUUAGAAGAAGUAUGGAAUGCAUUUCACUAAAUUUAUGAUAAAGUAAUGUAGUAUACUAUACUAUGAAGCAUAAUUGUUAGGACAGCCUAGAAUAGUUGAUUAAGCUGUAAAGAGCAAUGUUUGCUUUUCCAUAAAAAUACAAUUCUUUCACUGGGGAUGGGCACUUUAUGUUAGUUAAGCUAUUGAUCAUUUAUAAUAAAAACUGAACUCAUUGGA